AUGGGUGAAGGAUCCCCAGUUUUCAAUAGUAUAUCAAUUACAUCCCUGAAUACCAGGUUGCGUGGAUCCCUCGUUGAGCUCGGUCGUACCAAUCGCCACACGGACUGCAGCUUUAUCAUCGAACAGGAGAGCGGUACUAGCAAAUCCUUUGAGUGCCACAAACUGAUCUUUAGCUGCGCCUCCGAUGUCUUCGAUCGAAUGCUUUAUGGCGACUAUAGUGAGGGCACCAGUGGAGUUGUGCGACUCACCGAUGUGAGUCCGAAUAUUUUCGAAAAGUUCCGGGACUACAUCUACGGCUAUGAGUACGACAAGCUGCAAAAGUAUGACUUUGAUACUCUGAUUGGACUCUGCGAGUUUGGCAACAAAUAUCUGGUGCAGUCCCUCGAGGAGGACUGUGUCAGGGAGCUAAUGGUGCGCAAGGACACCUACGAUAUGGGGGAGUUACUUCGCCUGUUUCAGUGCGCCCAUCGCAUGAAUAGGAAAUCACUCAUCGACCAGAUGGCCUGGGAGCUUAAGAUCACCUUUAAGAGCACUUUGGACCACUCGGGCGUCUACGAACUUAGCUGGGAGGUCUUUAAGCACUAUAUCGAAGUGAUUGCCGGUAAACUAUCCGAGGCCGAUCGUUUCCGUCUCCUGGAAAUGUAUCUGAAGUACAACGGCCACGAAGGAACUGAAGUCGGGACCCAGGUUGCAAGUGUAUUAGAGUCUGGGAGUACCAAUGAUGUGGAUAAUCCCGAUUUAUUGCUGCAGAUUGGAUGCAGUUCCGCUGUCCAAGCCCAGGAGGAUAAGAAGCCAAACUAUGUGGGCGAGCUACUGGCCCUUAUUGAUUUUGGCAAGCUCACGCCAAAGGAGUUCUACGAGGGACCCGGCAGGUCGAGCUUUUUAAGUCUGGGCGAGAAGUACGAGCGUAUGUACGAAAUCGCAAGGAAUUGCGUUCUGGCCAAAGAGGAGCUCCAGCUGAAGAUAGGAUCGCCCACGGAGCAGACACCACUUCUUUCCGAAUCGCGGCGUAUAGUUACCCUGGGAGGAACUUUGAUUCGUGAUGAACCUACAACCACUUCCCUAACCUCGCACUACUCGUCUCCACGUUCCAGCCGACGAUUCCGCGCCUGGUCAGCACACUGCGACAUCUGAUCUCGGAUAUAUAUAUUCAUAUUGUUUCGCAUCCGAAAUAUAUUUAGUACAAAAUU